GCUGGAGUCACAGAUCCGGCAACUCGCUGGAGUCUUCGACUCGAACGCUGUGCCGUCUUGAUGGCGGCGUGAGGAACCGUUGCUCCGAGUGAUGGCCCGGCUGGCUCCGGUGUGUCGUGGUAGCUUCCUGGCCCAGCCAUUCCGCCAAGCGCAGGUCUUCACUCCGCAACUAAGGCGAAGCUGCGAUUUGGUGAAGCCUGCAAAUUGGCGUGUGAAGCGGAGUCGACGGCCAAGCAGGUUCAGACUGGCACUGGCAGCGUCGGCGCUCGCAUCCCAGGUCGACUUCUUUGGAAGACGCAUGCACCGGGAAGAAGGUGACGAUGACAACCAUUUCGAGAGGCAGAAGCACUUUGUGGUCAAGGUCUUCUGCAUGUUCUCAAGUCAGGACCCCUCCAACCCGUGGACCAACAAGCAGCAAGAGGACCGGUCUGGCUCGGGCUGUGUCAUGAUGGUCGAGGGACAGCGGUGUAUCCUCACUAAUGCCCACGUGGUGGCAGACGCCUCCUACGUCGAGGUGAGAAAGGCAGGGAACGCCAAGAAGUUCUGUGCAAAGCGACUCAAAAUUGCACAUGAGUGCGACCUGGCUCUUUUGCGUGUUGAGGAUGAGGACUUCUGGUCGGAUGUCAGUUUUUUGAAGCUGGGUAGCAUGCCAUCGUUGCAGGAUGAAGUCUCUGUGGUGGGUUAUCCCCUCGGUGGUGAUGGUGUGUCCGUCACAGAGGGGGUGGUGUCUCGCAUCGAGAUUCAGACCUACGCGCAUUCUGGGGUGGAUCUGUUGGCAGUGCAGAUUGACGCGGCGGUCAACUCGGGUAACUCCGGUGGCCCCGUUCUGGAUGAGGAGUCACUGCUUAUCGGCGUGGCCUUCCAACUCCAGCAGGAGUCGCAGAACAUUGGCUACAUCAUUCCCGUGCCUGUCAUUGAGCACUUCUUGAACGACACAGACCCAAAGGACCCUUCUCGGUGUCAGGGCUUCUGUUCGCUGGGUAUCUUCUACCAGGCAUUAGAGAAUGAUCAGCUGCGCCACUUCCUGGGUUUGGGCCAUCGCACCGGUGUGUACGUGCGAGGGAUGCUUCCCCUGUCGCCUGCCAAAGACUUGGUGCUGACUGGCGAUGUGAUUCUUGAACUGGAAGGGCACAUUGUCUCCAAUGACGGGACCUUCUACGUGGGCUUCCAGGAGCGGCUUAGUUUUGUGUACCUGAUCCAGCUGAAGUUCCCGGGGCAGAAGGUGAGCGUGAAGGUGCUGCGAGAGGGAGAGGAGAUCUGCCUGGAAGUUCCCGCGCAGCCCACGGCGCCGCUGGUGCCCGUCAGUGUUCAAGACACCAUGCAGCCCUGGUUUCUCUACAGCGGCAUGCUGUUUCUUCCUCUUACCGUGUCCUAUUUGCAGGAAUGGGGCUCGAAGUGGCAGCAAGACGCGCCUGUGGAUUUGUUAAUGAUGCAGAGGGAAGGCAUGAAGAAGGACCCUGAGGAGCAGAUUGUGAUCCUCAGCAAAUGCUUUCCUUCCAAGCGCACAGCAGGCUAUUCACUGCUGAACGAGCGGCGGGUUGUCUCAGUCUGCGGCCAGCCGGUGGUGAACCUGCGGCAAAUGUACUCCUUGAUCCAGCAGUUGCAGUCCAAGAAGGAUUUCAUUCAGCUGAGUUUGUAUUGCUCAGGUAGCGAGCUUAUUGCAGCGGUGGACACCUCUAUGGCCAAAGAUGUUAAUGAGGAUAUCAUGCGAGUCUACCGCAUCCCAGCAGCAGCUUCUCCAGAUUUGCUGGACCAAGCAGGUCCGGACGAUUUGACGUGAGGAUCAUUUAUUGCGUAUAGAGGAAAAU